AUGGCAAGCAGUGAAAUCACGGAGGAAAGUACAGCAGAACUACAUUUUGACAACUUUGAGACACCAAUUGCUCCAAAACCGAAUGGUGCGAUCAGGAUUGCUGUGUCUUCGCAAACAUUAUUCAAUAUGAAAAAAGAGAGACAAGUAUAUGAAGAGGAAGGGCAGGAUCACGAAGACCAACCUCUUUUACCUGGGGUGGCGUUUCCUUUUGUAAAGGCUAUCAUGACUGUAAACUCGCAUUUACGAGAACUCUAUCCGGACUGCAAGGAACUCUUUGAAAUUGUCCUAAUGACGAACAACCACCCCAAGGAUGAAGGACGCCUCAUCAACAGCAUAAAUCAAUAUGGCCUAACAAUUGAAUGGUUUUGCCAGAGUGGCUCAGGAAGCACUGUGGGCUACCUGAAAGCCUACAUGACUGACCUCUACCUCUCCGAGGACUCAGAGAAGGUUAAAGAGGCCAUAGAGGAGCGUAUUGCUGCUGCUACUAUGCUUGCCUGUGACAACAUGAACAAGCUGAGUGACAAACAGCUACGUAUAGCCUUUGAUGGUGAUGCCGUUCUGUUCUCAGACGAAUCAGAGAUCAUAACAAAGAGACAAGGACUGGACGCAUUCAUUGACAACGAGAAGAAAUUGGAGAACAAGCCCCUUCCACAGGGGCCUCUGAAAGGAUUUCUGGAGGCAGUGUGGAAACUUCAGCAAAAAUUCUACACCAAGCGUUUGAGCUGUCCCAUCCGCACAUACCUAGUGACCUCUCGGGGUGCAACCGGAGGAGGGGUUCGAGCCCUGAAGACCUUCAAAAGCUGGGGCCUGGAUGUGGAUGAAGCAAUGUUCUUGUCAGGGUCUCCCAAGGGACCCCUGCUGCAAACGAUUAGGCCUCAUAUCUUCUUUGAUGAUCAAAUGUCCCACAUCGAGGGGGCCCGAGAACUAGGAACAAUCGCUGCUCAUGUGCCUUAUGGCAUUUGGUCUCAACCUAGCGAGCUUACUACUUAAAUAGCAUGCAAGAAACCUUGCAAACACUGCCAGCAGCUCAGUUGGCACAGAUAAAAGCUAAAUAACAUAACAUAAAUAAUAUUAACAUGCUAACUGGCAUCUUUUGGCGAUAUCCUGCUCUGAAGGUUUUUCUUACAUUUCCACUGGGUGUUCCAGACUACAGAACUACAUAGUGCAUAGUCCUGACAACUAAUGGGAAGGAUAGGUGUGUUUAUGUCCUUCACAUAUGAAGAUGAUACCGAAAGUAGUGACUUAGUAGUACCUAGAAAAGUUGCUAAUUCGAUCGUUGCAUGAUGUUAACUUAAAGCAAGGCUAUUUUUACCAUUGAUUAAUGCUUCAUAUUUUCCCUUUUGACCUUAUCAUAAUAAACGUAUUUAUCACAACA